GAAACAUGCCAUGAUAGCCAAAGACACAGCAUAUUACAAGUUGCAACUAACCAGCUGGCCUGAAAAUGUUGAAACGCUCAAGAAGCCAUUCCCCAAUAGACAGCCAAGCCCUAGAGACAUCUCCAUUGCGGUCUCCAGCACCAGCACCAUCGUCCCACAAUAACCGCACCAAGAAACAUACUCUGGACACGACUGCUCUGGUAGUCGAAGUGAUGCAUUGCUCAUUACCUCCUCACAAGGACUCAAUCUCUUUUUCCUCGUUCGAAGAUUAUGAAGUCCACUAUUUACAGGCGCAUGUCAAUCGAUGCUCAGAGUGUGGUCGGAACUUUCCUACAGAGCGAUUCUUGAACCUGCAUAUUGAGGAGAACCAUGAUUCUCUUAUUUCUGCAAGAAGAGCCCGUGGCGAGAAGACUUAUGGCUGUUUCGUCGAAGGGUGUGAUCGAAAAUGCUUAACGCCUCAGAAGCGCCGGAUGCACUUGAUAGACAAACAUAUGUUUCCACGGACGUACAAUUUUCAUAUAGUCAAUGACGGCAUCGACAAGCAAAGUUCUAUGCUACGAAGUAGACAAGGUCAUAAAACUCGCUUGUCAAUCAGCUCAUCUACCUCAAAUUCGGCACAGGAAGGAAGGCUGAGACGCCGUCUGUCCACUCAGUCAGACGAAGCUUCAAACGGUGUUCUCUCUUCUCGGAAUGAAGAAAAAGAACAUCGAUUACCGCCUUCUGAUAUGGAAAUGGAUGAGCUUGAAAAGUCCAUGUCUGCUUUACAAUUUGUACCAACAGCUGUUUUGAAGAAUAGAAAAAGAUGACUAUAAUGAAACUGAAACUUGAGUAUUAAC